UCACUUUAUUAGGCGUUCAUUCCAUGCAACCAUUUUCAUUUCGAUCGCUCACCAAGAACCAUCCAUGAUCUCUGCUUCUGAUUCUGGAUGCGUCACUCUAAAUUCUUCAAUGGAGCUUCAUCUUCAAGAUCAUCAAGAACAGACGAAGCAGCACCUCUGUAAGCUCUGCAACAAGAGCUUCUCCAAUGGCAAGGUCUUGGGCGGCCAUAUGAGGUCCCAUCGCAGCACUCAAAAUCCGCCCAAAAAGCGCAAGAAGAACUCAAUCACCGCUUCCUAUAGCCUCAGAGAAAACCCUAAAAAGUCUUGGAAAUUCUCAGCUCCAAUCCCCCAAAAUCCCCAAACCCCUUCGCAAGAAAAUUGCUGCAAAAUCUGCGGCAAGGGCUUCGAUUCCUCCAAAGCUCUGUUUGGUCAUAUGAGACACCAUUCCGGAAGAAGAAAGGAAUCCGUCCAGAAAUCUAAAGAAAAAGAAUGCAAUAAUAAAGACUUGGGGAAUUUGAAAUCUCUGAGAUGUCAAUCGCCGAUCGCUGGCGGGCAAUCGGACGGCGAAACGUUAGGGCUUUUGCGGCGGAAGAGAUCGAGAAGAACACGGUGUAAGUUGAGUAACCCUUAUUGUUGUGCUGCUUCUCCUCCUUGUUCUUCUGAUUUGAUUGAAUAUUCAUCUUCUUGUGUUGUUGAUGGAAUUGAGCCUGAUGUAGAAGAAUUAGCUCUCUGUUUAUUGAUGCUUUCAAAAGGGGUGGAUCAUUACGGGGGCGAGUUUAGUUCUGAAUCCAUGGGGGGUAGCCAUUUUAGUGGCUUCAAAGCUAAAUCGCCAUUGAAAAGAGAAACCCAUUUGGAUUUGGAUUUGGAUUUGGAUUUGGAUUCAGAAGAAGAAGAAGAGAGAGCUAAAGUGGGAGUGUUCCCAGAAGUUGGGAGAUAUCUGAAACCAUUGAAGAAGAAAUGCGAGAUUGAGGGGUUUUAUGUGAAAGUUAGUGAAGAAGAAGUGAAUGGGGAAAGUGGGAAAGAGGGUAAACAUCAAUGUGGUGUGUGUUUGAAGGUGUUUGGAUCUGGGAAGGCCUUAGGAGGCCACAAGAGAGCUCAUCUUUUGAAACCAAAUUCAAUGGAUCUUGAAGAAGAAGAUGAUGAAGAUGAUGAGGAUGAUGAAGAUGAAGAAGAUGAUGAUGAGUUUAAGCCAUGGUGGAAUGGAGAUGGUGAUGAUCAUCGUAAUGGUGGGCGGCAGCUGGUGGAGGGUUUGGCUUCUUCCAACUGACUCCAUAUUUCUUGCUGAGAGUUCAUUAGAGAUGACGUAUAUAGAAGUAAGUAAGUUUCGUCAAGGAUGAAGCUCGAUUUGAUUCAUGAAAUUCUUUGAUUGUAUUACGGAUAUUGAAUUUUGAUAUCAUUACCACACGAUCUCUUAAACAUAA